AUGUCGAAGAAUAUGAAGAAGAAGGAGACCUAUACGGCAAUUCGCUCGUUUCCGUUCUUCGCUUUCACCGAUCAACCGGAAAAACCGGCGACUUCAUGCCCCGAUCAGGAAUCGGAGAAGAUUCCGAAAGUUUGCUCUUCGACGGCACCGCCGAAAUCGAAUCGGAGAAAAAAAUGCGUCGUCAAACGAGGGUAUCGCGAGAAGUUCAUCGACGAUUUUCGACGAACGAUGAACUCGACGAAUUUGGAAAUUCCGAAAGAGCCGAUGAAGAGGCUGAUUCUUGAGAUUUUGCAUGAUAUCAAUCCGGAAUUGCACAUCAAGGCGAACGCCGUCGAUCAACUUCAUCAGCUCGCCGAAGAAUACAUGACAUUCGAGUUUGCGAUUUUGGGAUUGCUCGCGUUUCACGGAAAACGCGAAACAUUGAUGUUGGCCGACGUGAACAUGUGGAAUUCGAUCAAAACGCUCAUCGAGUCGAGAAUCGACGCCAAAUUGUAG